UCAUUCAUCAGGAAAAAGAUCAGUGAUUUGGAGACAGACAAGAGGGAGCUGGUUGGUGUCUUUGGUAAAACCGGGGCUGGAAAGAGCUCUUUGAUAAAUGCCAUAAUUGAAGAGAAGAAUCUUUUACCUUCAGGAAGCAUCAAUGCUUGCACCUCAGUCAUGAUCAAAGUAGAAGCCAACACACACAACAAGUAUGAAGCAGAAAUUGAGUUCAUCACAAAGGAGGAGUGGAAAGAUGAGUUGUGGUCAUUUCAUCAGCUUCUUGACAAUAAUGAAAAUCAGGAAAAGGAAGACGAUGAUGAUUAUCGUGAUGCUGUUGAAAAGCUGUCAGCACUUUAUGGAGAAGAAUGGAAAGAAAAGUCUUCUGAAAACCUCAUGGAGAACAAAUAUUUCAAAGAAAUUCCAGAAUUUCUCCAAUCCAGGCGGAAGAUAUUGAGAUGUGAAUCAGCUAAUGAACUUUCUGCAAAAUGUGUCAAGUACACAAGAAGUGAUUCAAAACAAGGAGAAGGUAAUGAAGGAAAAAAGUGGUUUUGGCCACUAGUGAAGUGUGUGACUGUCAGGGUGCCAAACAAUCCUUUUCUCCAGCAUGUCACACUUGUGGACCUUCCUGGAAAUGGUGACUGUAACAAGAGCAGAGAUCAGAUGUGGAAAGGGAUAGUUGGAGAUUGUUCUAUUGUGUGGAUUGUGACUGAAAUUAAUCGAGCAGCAUCAGAGAAAGAGGCCUGGGAGAUCCUGGAAAGUGUCAGUAGUCUGAUUGGAAAUGAUGAUAAAAAAGCCGAGGUGUGUGCAGAACUUGAGAGAAACACGAACCUCCAACUUCGUAAUGUCAACAAAGAAAUGGAAGACACCUAUACAGCUUUUGAAAAAUAUCUUGAUGAUGGCGUUGAGAAAUCCAAAGGAUCAUACGGAGAAAAACUCAAGAACUUCUUGUAUCGUGGAAAGAAGGGUGGUGCUUUUCACAAGGUACUGAAGUGUGUUGUUAAGAAUGGUGGCGUCUACAAACCAAAGAAAGGGACCUUAAUUAACCUUAAUAUGAAGUUGGCUUCCUGUCUGAUCGACAGCAUUGAUGAUGAAUUCAGAAAGACCUUCCCAAAUGACUCAGAACAUGGAGCAUUCAAUGGAGUCAUCGAUACAUUUUCUCUUAACACCGAUUCUCUGUUUGAAAAGUACAAAAAUGCUGAACUGCAGCUCAGAUUUCUCAAGACAGAGGAAGAAAAAAUUAAGGCAAAACUGAACAGAAUGAUGCGGAAACAGAAGAAAAGAGUCUACAGCAGUCUGACAGAGACAAUUGAAGACAUUAUGGAUGAAGGCUACAAGAAGGCUGCAGAAUUUAGUGGAAAAGACACGCUGUACAACAUGAGGGAGACUAUUACGGACCACGUGCACUCAAAGGAGGACAUGUUUGAGAGGGCAAAAAAUACCAUGUUGGAGAAGUUGCACAGUUUGAUGGAAAAAAUCCUGAAGACUCUGGAGGAAACUAUGAAGGAAUCCAUUGAACGUUCAUUCAAGACUGAUGGGGGCUUACUCCCAGAUGUUUCAACAGAGCUUGAGAUGGUGAAGAAACAUUAUGAUAAACUUGUAGGCACUCCAGAUGAUGAAACAUCACUAACUGGAUUUGCUGACCAGGUAGAAACUGCAGAAACCUGGACACAAACAGGUCUUCCCAGAGGAAGUGCUGUUUAAAA